AUGAUUAAUUUACACCGACAUUUGCUGCUGUCUAUCAGACAGCUGCAGCAGGGCGCAGCAGCAGCAGCAGAAGGCGGCAGCGGCCCCGUGGUUCCUUUGGUUGUCCUUUCUUCUGCGCGCCAGGUCCAGCAGCAGCAGCAGCAGACGCAGCAGCAGCAGCAAGACAGAGGCAGAUCGUCGCAGCCCCGGACGCAGCAGCAGCAGCAGCAGCACCAGCACCAGCUGCAGCAGCAGAAACAGCAGCAGCACCAGCGGGAUUGUAGCCACAGCAGCAGAUGCUGCAGGACAAACUACAGCAGCGGGAAUAGCAGCCACAGAGAAAGCGGACGCAGCAGCAACAGCCGCAGCACAGCAGCAGAUGCUGCAGGACAAACUACAGCAGCGGGAAUAGCAGCCACAGAGAAAGCGGACGCAGCAACAGCCGCAGCAGCAGCAGCAGCAGCAGCAGUAGCCUCGCUAGCCGUGGCUGCUUCCGAAGCAGCAGCAACUGAAGCCAAAGUAGCAGCAGCAGUCCAAGUAGCAGCAGCAUCGGCAACACAAGUAGCAGCAGAAGCAGCAGCAGCAGCAAGUCUGCUGCUGUCGUUCUUGUUCCCCUCAUGGGUCUCUGGUUGCUGCAGCAGCAACAUGCAGCAGACGCAGCUGCUGGGCGAGAGCUUCUGGAGGCCCCUUGCAGAGCAGCUGCUGCUGCGGCAGCAGCAGCUGCUGCUAGAGGAGGAGUGCAGCAGCAGCAGCAGCAGCAGCAGACCGGAGCCCUUGAACAACCGCGCGCGCCUCCACCAUGACAACGGUUCCCUCACCCAGCAGCAACAGCAGCAGCAGCAGCAGCAAAAGGUGCAGCAGGAACUGCUGCAGCAGCAGCGGCUGCUGCUGCAGCAGCAGCUCCACAAUCUCGAGCGCGGCCAAGAUGUGCUACUGUACGGACAGCAGCAGGAGGCGCAGCAGCUGCAGCACCACCGAACCCUGCAGCAGCAGCAACUGCAGCAGCUGCAACACCAGCAGCAGCUGCAGCACCUGCAACACCAGCAGCAGCUGCAGCACCUGCAGCAGCAGCAACAACUGCAGCAUCUGCAGCAGCAACAGCAGCAGCAGCAAGAUAUGACUCCCCGAGCAGCAGCUGUGCGGUGGCACUCUGUAGACCCAGCUGCUGCAGCAGCAGCAGCAGCAGCAACAGCAGCACCUGCAUCUGUGCAGCCCCCAACGCAUAGCAGCAGCAGCAGCAGCAGCAGCAGCAGCAGCAGGGACAUCUAUGCGAGGUACGGGCAGGGAGAAUUUGCCGUCUCGUCCCCGAGCGGGCGCUAUGCAUACGAAGCAGCAGCACCCGCAGCAGCAACUGGAACAGCAGCAGCAGCAGCAACAACAGCAGCAGCAGCAGCAGCAGCAGGAGAGCCAUCAAGUAUGCCUCCUUUUCAGCAGCAGCAAGAUCCUCUGCUGCUUGCUGCUCACCGAACCCUGCAGCAGCAGCAACUGCAGCAGCUGCAACACCAGCAGCAGCUGCAGCACCUGCAACAUCAGCAGCAGCUGCAGCACCUGCAGCAGCAGCAGCAACUGCAGCAUCUGCAGCAGCAACAGCAGCAGCAGCAAGAAAUGACUCCCCGAGCAGCAGCCGUGCGGUGGCAUUCUGUAGACCCAGCAGCAGCAGCAGCAGCAGCAGCAGCAGCAACAGCAGCACCUGCACCUGUGCAGCCCCCAACGCAUAGCAGCAGCAGCAGCAGCAGCAGCAGCAGCAGGGACAUCUAUGCGAGGUACGGGCAGGGAGAAUUUGCCGUCUCGUCGCCGAGCGCACGCUAUGCGUACGAAGCAGCAGCACCCGCAGCAGCAACUGGAACAGCAGCAGCAGCAACAGCAGCAGCAGCAGCAGCAGCAGCAGCAGGAGAGCCAUCAAGUGUGCCUCCUUUUCAGCAGCAGCAAGAUCCCCUGCUGCUUGCUGCGUCUGCUGGGACUCCUUGGAGGCGCGGCUCAUCUGCUGCAGCACCAGCAGCAAACCCAGCAGCAGCAGCAGCAGCACCAGCAGCAGCACCAGCAGCAGCAGCAGAUAUAUGUGGAGGGGCGGAGCGGCUGCUGGGGGACUUUGCGUUGAACAGCAGCGCCUGGGCUCUGUGGCGGCAGUCUGUCGGCUGGCAGCUGGGCCUCAGCAGCAACAGCGCGCAGCUAGCAGAAGAAAUACUCACACGAGACAGACGCAUGCAGCAGCAGCAGCAGCAGCAGCAGCAGCAGCAGCAACAGCAGCAGCAGCAGCAGCAGCAGGAACAGGCACAGCGCUUGAAGCAGCAAGAAGAAGCACUCCAGCAGCAGCAGCAGCAGCAACUGCAGCAGCAACAGCAGCAGCAGCAGCAGCAGCAGCACAUCUCGUUUGGGGGUGCCUUUCAGCAGCUGAGCCGUCAGGAGCUGCAGCAGAAGGUAGAGGAGGCGAGGCGUCUCCUUCUCGAUCUGUCUCCACCGAGACAGACAGCAUCUGCUGCUGCUGCUGCUGCGACUGCUGCUGCUGCUGCUGCAGGGGCAGCAGCGGGUGCAGCAGCAGCAGCUGAUGGACCGAGCGGAGGGGGAUUCGGAGAGGAGCAGGAGGCUGCUUCCGUUGCUGCAGCAGCAGCAGCUGCAGCAGCAGCAGCAGCCGCUGCUGCUGCUGCCCUGGGCAGAGAGAGAAGGACAGACGAAGAGGGGGCCUCGGGCGACGUAGAGUUGGCGCUGCCCCCCGUUCUUGGCUUGCCUGUGCAGCAGCAGCUGCUGGAGGUCGGCAGCAGCAGCCCCCCCCCUUUGGGGGCCCCCCACCUGAGGAGGGCCCACCACCUCCUGGGGGCCCCCAGGAGGCGCCAGGGGGGGACCCCCAGCCGCAGCAGACGAGAGGCGGAAGGUGAGUGA